AUGUCCUCCAACGUCGGACUGUCCACCCCCGAGCGCAACACAGCCUUCAUCAAGCCCCGCAACCAAGGCUACGGUGCGCCGUAUCCCCCAGUCUCGGGCGCCAACGGCCCCGUCGAUCGCGCCUUCAAGCAGCGCCUACCAGAUAAGCAGAUUCUGGAGCACGACCGGCGUCGCGCAAUCGAGGUCAAGGUGAUGGAGGAGCGGGAACGGCUAGAGGAGGAGAACGAGCGGCUAGAGGAGGAAGCCGCCAAGGGCAAGGCUACGGCUAAAGGCAAGAGCGAGGCCAAGGAAGAUGGCGAGGCGGAUGAAGAGGCGCGCGUGCUGAGCGAGGAAGAGAUUGACGAGCGGUGCGAGGCAUUGCGGCAGAAGCUGGUGAAGGAGAUGGAGGAGGGACGGGAGGCACCUGGGAAGGGCGGGAAGGACAGACGUGGCUUGAAGGGAUACCAAGUGCAUGAGCUUGCGGAGGCAAAGAUCCAAGAGAGUGAGCGAUUGCGGCGGGCGUUGGGGAUUCGGGAGGAUCGGGAGACCGGGGAGAUCAGUAGUACGCGGGGGGAGCGUCGACGGGAGAAGGAGAGGGAGGAGUAG